AUGUUUAAAAGUAUUAUGUAUGCUUUGGCAGUUGCCCCAGCAGUAACAUCAAGUUCAGAUAAAUUACCAAAUGGUGUAGUUUCAGCAUCACAACUUGGAAGUGAAAAAGAAAAAAGAAAAUUAAAAAAUGUUACAAAGAUUGUUAUUGUUGGUGGUGGUGCAGGUGGUCUUUCAGUGGCCUCUCAAUUAGAACAUAAAUUCAAAAACAAAGGUGAUAUCGUUAUCGUUGAACCAAGUGAAAAACAUUACUAUCAACCAUUAUGGACUUUAGUUGGUGGUGGUAUCUUUUCAAGAAAAGACUCUGAAAAAGAUGAAAAAGAUUUCAUUCCAAAAGGUGCAACUUGGGUUAAAGAUUCUGUAACUGUUUUUAAACCAGAAGAAAAUAUUGUUUUAACAAAAGAUGGUAAAGAAAUUGAUUAUGAUUAUUUAGUUGUAUCAACUGGUUUAGAAUUAUAUUGGGAUAGAGUUAAAGGAUUAAAAGAGAAUUUAGGAAAGAAUGGUGUAACAUCAAAUUAUUCAUAUGAUUCAUGUGAAAAGACAUUUGAAUUUAUUAAAUCAUUGAAACCAGGUAAUGUUGCAAUCUUUACAGUACCAACCACUGGUGUUAAAUGUGGUGGCGCACCACAAAAGAUCCUUUGGUUAUGUGACGACUAUUUAAGAAAACAUGGUAUUCGUGAUAAGGUUAGAUUAGAUUUCAACAGUGCCGGUGCCUCAAUGUUCCCAGUGAAGAAAUACUCUGAGGUUUUGGAUAAAAUGGCUAAAGAAAGAGGUGUAAAUCAAAAUUUUGCACACAAUUUAGUAGAGAUCAAAGGUGAUAGUAAAGAAGCAGUUUUUGAAACUCCACAAGGCAAUAAAACCGUUAAAUACGAUAUGAUUCAUGUUGUGCCACCAAUGGGUCCACACUCUGUCAUUAAGAAUUCCCCACUUGCUGAUCCAGCCACCGGUUUCGUCAAUGUCGACAAAGGAACCCUUCAACAUGUAAAAUAUGAUAAUGUCUUCUCUUUGGGUGACACUUCAAAUUUACCAACUUCAAAGACUGCCGCUGCUAUCACCUCUCAAGCUCCAAUAUUGGUUGGUAAUUUAAUCAAUCAUAAAUUAGGUUUACCUUUGAACCAUAAAUAUGAUGGUUAUACCUCUUGUCCAAUCACUACCUCUUAUAGUAAAAUCAUUUUGGCUGAAUUCAAAUAUGGCUUUGAAGUUGACGAAUCCCUUCCAUUCGAUCAAUCAAAAGAAUCUUACUUCCCAAUGUUCUUAAAAAAGUACGUUUUCCCAACCGCUUAUUGGGAAGGUAUGUUAAAAGGUCGUUGGUUCGGUAAAAAUACUCUCUUCAAUCCAAUUAAAACCCCAGAAAUUAAUUAA